AUGCAGCCGAAAGGGAAUUCUUUAGAGGAUACCCUAAAAACUUUUAUGGACGCUCAAAAUAAAACAAAUCAAAGGGUUGAUUCGAUGCUCACGCAGCUGGUGGAAGAGAACAAGGAAAUAAAAAGUCAGAUCACAAAGUUGACAAAAGCUUUAACCAUUCAAGAGCGCGGUAAAUUUCCAUCACAAGCCCAGUCCAAUUUGAGAGGACAACACAUGGCUCAAACUUCCAACUCUGAAGGUCAAAAUAUCAAGGAAGUUAAUGCCAUCUCUACUCGAAGUGGUAAGAAUUCAGACACGCCAUCGACAAGUACUACCACUUUGAGUAAUGAAGAAUCGGCUCAGGAGAAAGAAGAGCCAACAAAAAUUCCCGUAAAGGUGCCCUUCCCCCAAGCUCUCCGACCUACUGGGAAAGUGCCGGAAAAUCAAAGUGAGAUCCUGGAGCACUUGACACAAUUAAAGAUCAAUCUUCCCUUACUACAUGUGAUCAAGCAAAUGCCGGCCUACGCCAAGGUUAUAAAGGAUCUGUGCACUAUAAAGAGAAAUCACCAUGUUAAGAAGACUGCAUUCUUGAUGGAACAAGUAAGUACGGUGAUUGAGCAGAAGACACCGCCGAAGUAUAAGGAUCCAGGUUGUCCCACCAUUUCUUGCCAGAUCGGGACACAUAAAUUCAGCCAAGCAUUACUAGACCUAGGAUUGAGUGUUAGCCUCAUGCCUUAUUUGGUCUACUCACAAUUGGGUCUUGGAAAGAUUAAGCCCACAUCUGUGGUUCUCAACUCACAGGACAGAGGAACCAAGUUUGGGCCACCAUGUUUUGAGGAGCUCCCAACAGAAGGAGAAAAACUGAAAUCAUCCACCGAGGAGGCUCCAAAAGUCAAGCUAGCCCAACUACCUGAGGGCCUAAAACAUGCGUUCUUGAGAGAUAAAGACACAUUCCCAGUCAUCAAGUCGUCUAAACUCAAUGCAUUGAUCAAGGUAAAAAUGAAAGCAGUUCAUGGCAAGCACAUCCUGAGGAAGAAUUUUGAGCCGAAUCAACGGGUUCAUCUCUAUGAUUCCCGUUUACUUCUCCACCCCAGUAAGUUGAGGUCGCGGUGGACUAGCCCGUUCGUAGUGAGACACAUUUUUUCCAAUGGUGCUGUCGAGGUUGAGGGCUCGACCAAUGGGAGAAUCUUCAAAGUAAAUGGCCAACAUCUGAAGAAUUACUUAGAGCGGGUGAACCAGGUUGAAGAGAUCAUUCUCGACGACCCCGUUUACCAGCCCUGA